AUGAGAACUCCACACUUUCUGUGGCUUUUCAUGAUACUAGUAGAUUUAUAUGUUGUCUCUGCAGGCCAACAUUGUCUGAGUGAUCAGCAAACUUUGCUGCUCCAACUGAAGGACAGCUUGAUAUCCAACACAAGAAGCUCGAAGAUUUUGGUGAAAUGGAAUCAAACUUGUGAUUGUUGUACUUGGGAAGGUGUAACCUGUGAGGAAGGACUUGUCAUUGGUCUCAGACUCAGCAAUGAAUCAAUCUCAGGUGGUGGGAUAUUUGACAAUUCUACACUCUUCAACCUUAUUCACCUCAAGAGCUUGGAUUUGUCUUUUAACAACGUAAGCUCUAGAAUCCCAUCAAGAAUAGGUAAUCUCAAAAGUUUAAGCUAUCUUAAUCUCUCAAAUGCUGGUUAUGGGGGACCAUUUGCACAAGAGAUACCACGGCUGACAAAUCUGGUGAUUCUUGAUUUGUCUUCUUUUUACUAUCUUAAUCCAACUGCUUUGUUGAAACUUGAUCAGAGCCCAAAUUUGAGAAAGCUGGUUCAGAACCUCACAGAACUUGAAGAGUUAUAUCUUGAUGGUGUAGUUAUAUCUGCACCAGGGAAUGAAUGGGGUCAGGCCUUAUCAUCUUCAUUGCCUAAUCUUCGAGUGUUGAGCUUGUCCCAGUUUUCAGGAUUCUUCGUCAAUUAUUCACAUCUGACUUCCUUGCAUCUCAGUUCUUGUGGAUUGUAUGGAACAUUUCCUAAAGAAAUCUUCGAGGUACCAACAUUGCAGACUCUUUAUCUAUCAUUCAAUGAAUUACUUGAAGGUUAUUUGCCAAAAUUUCCAAAAAAUAGUUCUCUUCAGUUACUGCAACUUAGAUAUACAAAUUUUUCUGGGAGAUUACCCCACAUCGAUUGUAGUUCAAUCCCAUCGAGUGGCUGGGAACGCCUUAUCCACCUUGUUAAUUUCCACUUGAAUUACAAUUUUCUCACUGGGAAUAUCCCUUCAUCUCUGUUUGCACUUCCAUCGUUGCAAAGGAUUCUACUUUCAUAUAAUCAAUUUAGUGGUCAAGUUCUUGAUUUUCCAAAUGCAGCUUUCUCAGUAUUGCAUACUGUUGAUUUGAGCAACAAUCAUCUCCAUGGCCCCAUUCCAAUGUCUAUCUUUAAACUCAAAAAUCUUAGCAUUCUCGCACUCUCCUUCAACAAUUUGAAUAGCACAAUACAACUAGAUAUGAUUCAGGGCCUUAACAGUCUUCAUAGUUUUGACCUCUCCUACAACAAUUUGUCAGUCAAUGCAAGUGGUAAUGAUUCUAAUUUCUAUUCCCUUCCCAAUCUUCGCAUAAUUAGACUUGCUUCUUGCAAACUCAGAGAAUUUCCUUAUCUAAAGAACCAAGCAGGGCUACUUCAUUUGGACUUGUCAGACAACCAAAUUUCUGGGGAGAUACCUACUUGGGUUUCAGAAGUUGGAAAUGCAACUCUUCUCCAUCUAAAUCUUUCACAUAAUCGCCUAGUAGGCAUUCAAGAACCUUAUUAUCUUCCUAACCUCGUUGUCCUUGACCUUCAUUUAAACCAGCUCCAGGGGAAGAUUCCCAUUCUACAACCAUAUGCUAGCUAUAUAGAUUUAUCUAGCAAUAAUUUUACAUCCUCCAUUCCAUCUGACAUUGGACAGAAUCUUUCUAUUACUACUUUCUUCUCCCUUUCAAACAAUGGCCUCACAGGAGCUAUACCUGAAUCAAUCUGCAAUGCAGCUUGCCUGCAAGUUCUUGAUAUAUCUAUGAACAAUUUGGGAGGAAAGAUACCAACAUGUAUGCAUAAAAUGAGUGAGACUCUUGGGGUAUUGAAUCUGCGAAGCAACAACUUAAGUGGGCCACUUCCUGAUGUCUUUCCUCUUGAUUGUAGUUUAAGGACUUUAGAUCUCCAUGGAAAUUUAUUAACAGAUAGAAUUCCAAAAUCUUUGACUAACUGCAGAGAACUAGAGGUUUUAGAUCUUGGAAACAAUCAGAUGGUUGACACAAUCAGAUGGCAACUUCAGCAACUUGAGUCUCUAGAUCUAUCAAGUAACCAUCUGAAUGGGGCAAUCCCAACAUCAUUUUCAAACUUGAAUUUCCUUUCAUUCCUGAACCUCUCAUAUAAUCAUUUACACGGGAGAAUUCCAACUGGAAUUCAGAUUCAAACGUUCUCAGCAGAUUUCUUCCAAGGUAAUGAAGGAUUAUGUGGGCCUCCGUUAACUCCAAAUUUCAAUGAACCGAAAAAUCCUGAAGCUAGCAACUCAAAAUCUAGCAAUCAGAUUGAACGGGAUUUCCUGAUUGUUGAACUUGGAUUCAUUUUUGGUUUUGGAAUUGUGAUUGGACCACUCAUCUUUUCCACAAGAUGGAGAACAUAUUAUUUUGAUGGUCUUGAGGACAUUGCUAUUCAAAUCCUACCUCAAGUGGAAGAGAAAUGCUCCUUUGCUUUCAAUCUUUGUGUAAUACUGGCUAGAGCUUUAUGUUGCAAUAAUGUAUUAAUUCAGUGUCUUAGCCAACAACAAGCUUUGUUGAACCAAUUGAAGGACACCCUCAUAUUCAAUGCAACUGCCUCAAGAACUUUGGUGAAAUGGAAUCAAAGUUCUGAUUGCUGUGCUUGGGAAGGUGUAACCGGAAAAGACGGCCAUGUUACUGGUCUCGUUUUGCUUUUUGGUGCAAAUCCCAAAAGAGAUAUGAAGCUUGACAAAAACCUCACAGAACUCGAAGAAUUAUACCUUGAUGGUGUAAAUAUAUCUGCACAAGGGAAUGAGUGGGGUCGGGCUUCACUGCCUAAUCUCAGAGUUUUGAGCAUGCUCGGUUGUUCCAUUUCUAGCCCUAUUGAUCAGUCUCUUGCCAAGCUUCAAUUUUUAUCGGUUAUUUGA